AACUUUAGCUAGUCAAAUUUCAAUGGUCAGGCGGUGUAUUUGUUGUUGUAUACGAUUACGGAGGAAGCAAACAAAGAAUACAACAAAGAUAGUCCUUAGAUUGUCUACAUCUACAAAGUUAUUACUCCUAAGUCUAUUAGCAAAAUCCCUCUCCCUGUCCCUCUUCCUCUGCCUUAGAGAUAUUCUUCUUUCUUUAGAUUAUCAUUCCCUUCUUUUGUACCAAGUUUCCUUUCUUUUUCGUCAACAUUAUACAUUAGCAAUAGGUGUAAACAUAAUUCUUCUAUAGAGUAUUAAAAAGAUAACCUUUUGGAUAUCUUUUUCUUUUGGUUUUCUAAAAAAAGGAAUAAGAAAAUGGAUGGGCUUGGGAAUGGGAUAUCAAAGGAAGCAGAGAGGUCAAUUACAGCAUCCUCAAUGUUUCCAGGGUUUAGAUUCAGCCCAACAGAUGAAGAACUGAUUUUGUAUUAUCUCAAAAAGAAGCUGGACGGCUAUGAUAAAUGCGUUGAAGUCAUCGCUGAACUCGACAUCUGUAGAUAUGAACCUUGGGACUUGCCUUCCAAGGCUGUAAUAAAAUCCGAUCAGGAGUGGUUUUUUUUUUCCCCUCGAGGUAAAAAAUAUCCAAACGGCUCACAAAGUAAGAGGGCAACAGAGAUUGGUUACUGGAAAGCAACUGGGAAGGAGCGUGCAGUAAAAUCUGGUUCAAAUAUUAUAGGUACAAAACGGACAUUAGUAUUCCAUAUCGGCCGUGCACCAAAAGGGGAGAGGACUGAGUGGAUAAUGCAUGAGUAUUGUGUGAGUGGAAAGGGUCAGGAUGCACUGGUGGUAUGCCGCCUGAGAAGGAAGUGUGACUACCAUGCCGUGGAUGGUGCAAAUGGACGGGACACUCAAUCACAGUCUCCAGAUCCUUCAGUAUUGAUGGCUAGUAGUGGGACAUAUUCAGGUUGUGAUGGGGAGCUCAAUAAUAGAAUGUACCCGACCAGGGACAAGAUGGCUGUAUGUUCUGCGAAAAGGUCAAGCAGCAGUCAUGAUUCUCAUUCCGUAGAGCAAAUGGAUACAUCAUCUCAGUCAGACUUAAAGGCCAAAGAUGAAACUGUACUACAACCAAAUCAAUCUACAAGCCAUCAUGUUGCCAACGAAUUCGAAGAUGACCUAUUUGCCGAGAUAUUGAAGGAUAACAUUGUUCAAUUGGAGGAGUGUCUACCCCCUUCGUCUUCUACAGUUGGUGUCCAACCUGUUACCGUAACCAAUACAAGUAGUAAGCCUAUAAAUGUUAUGCCUCGCUUGAAUAGAAAUCCUCCACAUCAUCAAUCUGUUGGUCCACAAGUAUAUCCUUCUCAAGGAACUGCAAAUAGAAGAAUAAGGCUAAGGAAACUAAGAAAAAUUAGUCCUCGCAAGGAAGAGUUGGAGGAAGGUUUCGGUGAAAUUAUAGUAGGAAGUUCCAAGUUGAAGAAAUUUUCAAAUGCUUCUUAUCAGAGAAGAGGAUGGAUGAGGCUACCUAAGAAUCGUUGUCGGUUAUGUGUUGUGCUGAUUAGUGUGGCACUGGCCAUUUUGAUAGUGGCAUAUGCUCAACUAGGCCGAUAUCAUACUUUCUAAUAAGCUCAUCGAUGAAACAGUUUUUUAAAACAGGCUUCUAAAAGAGUACCUUAGCCUUGUUACAUAUAGGUGUAUCUAUUUCUAUUUUUAUUCUAUAUAGCAUCCUCAAUUCUCAAAAA